AUGGAUCCGUUGACGGCCCUAGGGCUGGCCGCUAACGUGUUUGCAUGUGUCUCAUUCACAUCGGACCUCAUCAAAGGCGCCAUUGAAAUCAGCACAUCGCCAAAUGGAUGCAGUGCUGACGUUUCUAAGCUUGACUCGGUAUACAAUGAUUUAAGAAGAUUGUGUACUGGACUGGAGGUGUCCGUUAAGCAACGAAACUUGGGCAAGGAUGACCAGGACUACGUCGUACAACUCGCUGUUGCUAUCGAGGACUUGUCCGAGAUUUGUAAAAAGGACUGCAAUGAUCUUCUCCAAUUACUUUUAAAAUUCAAGACGAAAACUGGGCUUAAUGGAAAAUGGAGCAGCUUCCGCGUUGCCUUGAGAACAGUUUGGGGAAAGAAGACGAUUGAUGAACUUGAGCAAAGACUCUCCAAAACUCAGCACACAUUGACCCUGCACAUCUGUAUUCUGGCACAUUAUUCCUGUCGCUCUCAGUCAAAUCAACUGGAAGACCUGCAACGCCAAAGCAUUCGACUACAGUCAAAUCAAGCAGACACGUUGAAGUGUAUCAGCAAGAAACUAGACGACGUGGAGGCUGGCAUCAAGUCUCGAAAAGACGAAGAUAUUUUCACUGCACAAGAUGUCGAUUGCUUAAAAGAGCGACUGCAGUCUCUGUCUCUCUCAGGACAUGACGUUGCCCGAGAGCAGUCUAUCUUGCAAAGCCUCACUUUUGAUAGUCGCCCCAUUAGGCAUGAGCAAAUUCCAAAAGCUCAUGCCGAGACAUUUAAAUGGGCGCUAAAAAAAGAUCCUAAUCAUAGUGGUUCUAUGAUAGGCGAAUGGCUGGCAAAAGGGACUGGCAUACUCUGGAUCGCCGGCAAACCAGGUUCUGGCAAAUCGACACUUAUGAAGUUUAUUGCCGACUCGAGGACCACAUCUCAAUUGGUCAGUCAGUGGGCCCAACCAAGUAGAGCCUUCAUUGCGAGCCACUACUUCUGGAUUGCGGGAACACCAAAGCAAAAGUCGCAUCAGGGUCUCCUCCAGAGCUUACUCUACGACAUUUUCAGACAAUGCCCGUAUUUGAUACAAGAGACGUGCUCUCAUCGAAGGGUAAAUGAACAUCUUGACGAUCCGUGGUCCCUAUCCGAAUUACACGAAACCUUGAAGAGCGUUUCUUGUAGGGACUCGAUCGAUCCAAAGUUCUGUUUCUUUGUUGAUGGCAUGGACGAAUUUGAUGGCGAUCAUGAAGCUCAGACAAAUCUUUGUCGGACAUUGAAAGAGCUCGCUACCUUGGAAAAUGUUAAACUAGUUCUGUCGAGCCGCCCCUGGAACAUCUUCGAGGAGCAGUUUGGAUCGUUGUUUCCAAAACUCUACGUUCAAGAUUUGACGCAUGAUGAUAUUCAGGCUUACGCCCAGAGCAGCCUCCAAGAACACCCGCGAUGGCCUGUCAUUUCUGGAAUUGACUCGCAAAGGCAAUUCUUGAUCUCAGAGAUCACAAAAAGGUCCGAAGGCGUCUUCCUUUGGGUGCGCCUUGUCAUGAAACUCCUCAAGCAAGGCCUCACCAACCGUGAUAGACUAUCUGAUCUGUAUCGCAGACUGCAAAGUUUUCCGACGGAGCUGGAAUCAUUCUUCAAGGCAAUAUUAGAAUCUGUCGAACCAUUCUACCACAGCCAUAUGUCAACUAUAUUACAAGUUGCACUUCAGGCUGGUAACGAAUCCCUCGGAUUUCUUGGGUAUCAUUUCCAUAUCCAAGAAUACGAAGAUUUGAACUAUGCACUUAAUCUUCCAAUCAGGCUCAUGGACCAGGAAAAUAUCCAACAAAUCAAAAGUGAUAUGACGUGGCAUCUUGAUAGCAGAACCCGAGGACUUCUCGAGGUCCAUUCUCCCAGUGGGACGGUGAAUUUCUUGCACCGAACCGUCCGAGACUUCUUAAGAACUCGGGAAAUGCAUGACUUCUUAGUCGCCAAGGUCAACGAUCGCCUCAAAUUCAAUCCAGUCCUGAGUCUUCUCAAGGCUUACGUCGCCCUCAUCAAGGUCUCUUGUAUUCCAUCUCGCAUUGAACGCGUGACUUUUGCCAAGUACACGACUAGCGAUUCGCAUGACAAGGAAUCCCAACAAAUCUCCUUACGUCACCUUUGGAACGCAAUGAGCGUCGUGGAAACGCUCGAGUUGGAUGCCAUUCCUGAUCCUGGCUGUCGAUCUCUUCUGGACGAGCUCGAUCGCAGCCUUUAG